CAACUUCAGAACAGACCGAGGGAGAGUUUCAACAAAGGUACUAGGCGACAAACUGUUGGGCGGCACGAGUACACUGACAGAUUCCUGGGGUAAGCUUCCGCUUACCCCAGGAAACUAGACAGCAAGGAGGAAAGGAGGCAAUGGCUUUGGAAGUAAUAUAUAAAGGUGCGCGGAAAUGUCUAAGAUCUCUCAAGGCGAUAUUUAAGGAUUCGAAACUUGAACGUAGACGAUAUCAGCAAAUAUGGCUCUUGAAAAUAAAGCAGAGAAUGAGCAGGCUAUGACGAUAGAAAACAUCACCCCUCAACACCUAGAGUCUCAAUUGACAGCGACACCAGACAAUGUCGAGCUCCUUGCGGAAGAACUUGCCGUUGAAGCAACCCACCAUGUUGACGCUGUUGGAUGGAAGUUUCUUAUAGAGCCCUACACGUUUGGCUCUCUUGCUGCGAUGUCCUUUGGGUUGUUCUGUGCUGCAUGGGGAUUUGCUCCUCCGGCAUCAGUUCUGAUCUGGAUUACCGCUGAUAUCGGAUCCAAGUCCCAAACCAACGCCGCUCUGUUCUCUGUCAUGCAAACCAUUGGGACAACACUGGGUUACAUGUUCGUUGGUCGGUUGUCCGAGAUAUAUGGUAGACGCUGGGUUAUGAUAGUUUUUACACUUUUUGGGCUGGUUGGAUCAAUUGUUGCCGGAACAUCUCACGACCUGAAUACAUUUAUCGGAGCAAAUAUCCUUAUGGGCCUUGCAACUGGCGCACAGUGCUGCUAUGCGUUUCUAGCUGGAGAACUGAUGCCUAAUAAGCACAAGAUGCUUGGUAUGGCCAUAGUUGUCCUAUUUUGUUUACCAGGGACUGCUAUGGGCGCAUUUUUUGCACGAUCUCUUGUUGAGUAUGCCUCGUGGAGAUGGAUUUAUUACAUAUAUAUCAUUGCACAGACCAUAUCUCUUGCUCUUUAUAUCGUCUGCUACUUCCCCAAGGAAGCUGCCCAAGCUUUCAAUAAGCGCGAGCAAACAAAAAAACUUGACUUCAUUGGAAUGUUUCUCUUGGUUGCUGGUCUCGUCUUGUUUAUCCUCGGCAUCAUGACCGGUGGAUCGCCAUAUCCUUGGAAGUCUGCCAAAGUUCUCGGAAUGGUGGUAUCAGGAGGGGUUUGUCUCAUAGCUCUUUGCGUAUGGGAGGUCUACCAAGGAGAGAACGCAUUUUUUGCUAUUCAUCUGUUCAAAGAUGUUCGAGGCUUUGGAAUGAACUGUAUCUGCUCAGCCGUAGGAGGGAUUUCGUACGUCGCUUUAAGCAUCAUCUGGCCAACUCAGGUUGCAUAUAUGUACAGCACCGGGGGGUCGUCAUGGCAAGCUAUCGGUGCUAUGUCUUGCACAAUUGGUUUCGGUCUUUGGGGAGGAAUGGUCUUUCUGGGAGCUUUGUGGGGCCCCAUCGGACACCCAAAAUGGACCUUGAUCAUCUCGAAUAUAUGGAUGACGGCAUUUAUCGGAGCUCUAGCUCAUUGUAAUCCGGAUAAUAAGACAUUUGCGAUUGUCUGCUCAUUUCUUGCUGCUCUACCCAUCGGGUUUAUUGAGCAGCAGACGGGAGCCAUCGCCCAGCUUGUGGUAGGCGACAAGGAAAUCGGUACAUCUUUCGGAACUAUGGGAUGUGUAAGGGUUGGAACUGGGGCAAUUGGAACAGGCAUCGUGCUAGCCAUCUUGACUGGUGAGCAUUUCAAAUACAUAUAUGAGAGGCCUGAGACUGAUAUCUUCAAAGCAAAAAUCCCCGUCGAACUUGAAGCUCAUAUCGUCCCCGCAGCGCUCAACGCUGGUCUCCCUGCAUCUUCGAUCGCCGACCUUUUUGCUGCUAUUUUUGCAUCUUCUGAGACAGCGAUGGCCGCUGUUCCUGGAAUUAACGCCGAGAUCAUCAAGGCUGUCGGUAAAGCUCAGCUAGAUGGAUACGCAGCUGCCUAUCGCUAUAUUUACUAUGCAACCAUACCAUUCGGGGUUCUGGCAACUGCCUCUGCCGUCGCUCUACGCCCAGUUGCCCACUUACUCACUAGCCAUGUGCCGAAAAUGGUCGAGAACCCACAGGCAUAUCACGGUAACCGAGACUUAGAGAAGACCAUGGAUUAA